AUGGGGCGCUUGUUUUUCCCAAGACGGCCUCUGCGGCCGAUCAAUCGCAUUCUGCGGUACCGGCUGGUAAUUCGACACGCUGUCUGCACGAGUCUUGACCGAGAACCAUCCCUGAUGCACCCUCAAGUCAGCCCCGGCUUCGGCAACUGUAACGCAGCCGUUCCCGUGCUUCCACCCGUAGCCACGCCGAAGCCCGGCGACCCGUCUCCUGACUGCUCGCCCGGCGGCACGUCCGAUCACUGUGGCGCCGGCUGCCAACCUCCUUCGGCUCUUGUACUUCAGGAUCGAGCGGCGUGUCCACCAACGGCAGCUGUGGUAAGAACGGCAACACGUGCAAGGGGUCCGUCUUCGGGGGUGCUGCUGCUCGUCCAGCGGCUACUGCGGCAAGACGACCGGCCAUUGCGCCGCCGGCUGCCUGUCGAGCUUUGGAACCUGCAGCAGCGGCUCCGGCAACAUCUCGACCGACGGGGCCGGGAAGCCGUGUGUUGGGUCGAGUUUCGGGAGCUGCUGUUCGAGCGCGGGCUACUGCGGAAACAGUGCUGCCCACUGCGGAUGAGCGGGCAGUUGUUAUCUGUCCAUGUUUUGUUCGCUGUAGUAAACUAUGCGCAGAGUGAAAAAAUCUUGAGCCAAUGUUUUACGUGCUUGGAAUGA